CGAAAACAGCUUACAAAUAUCCCUUAUUUCAGAGAUCUAAAUGAUACCGCACACACGGAAGCACAACUACCUGACCAUGUCCUUUGGCAACGAGUACAGUGUUGCAUUCUAUCCCACAGAUUUCUGUCAUUUCGAAAGAGCACUGCUCGGUACACUGUCAGAUUAUUGGACGACUUGGGUGCAAGAUGGCUAGCUCUCCUGUCGAGUUAUCACCGUGGGCGACACGUUUUGGCAUUUCUCGAGGGCGUGCUUGGAAAGAUGGAAAUAAACACUCUAUGAUCGCGCCAUAUGACCCUGUACUUCACCCAAAAUAUUAUGUCGCCGGUCGACCCAAAUUCAGCAUGGAUCCAGAUUCUGGAACUUUCAACAAGCCGACCAACGCUGAGCUGGAUCAGCUCUUCCUCAGCGAGCAGUCACAGCAACGCGAGUUGCAAGGUCUGAAGACGCGGCAGCUCGGAUUGCUCAAUGAGCGCCUCUAUCCUGGGAUGGAUUCUGGAGGCCACUCGAGCGGUUCAGGCACAGAUGAAGCACUACAGAAGUUCAUGAACACCGCACUGGUCAUUAAAGAGUCGGAUUGGUUGGAAUGCUUCAGGAAGUAUCGUUGGUUUGGUAUCGAGGAUCUGCUUCGCGAUUCGACACGGUGGACGAAUUGGCAUCCGGAUGAGGGCCAUGUAUGGGACAGUCUGCGUAUGCCCCUAGAGCUGGCCAAUAGGGUUCUGCACCGUUUGUUGGAUGAGAGAACUCCCUGGCUUGACGCAGUGAUGUUUGGAGAAAUUCAGAAAGCAGAAGCUCCAAUGCCAGAGGAUUACUCGGAUGGAGCAAAAGUUGUCCCAUUUCCUGAUGGAGAGGGCAUCGACUGGGACGUACCCAACCUAGGACUCAAGCUUCGCCAUGAUCCUCCAGGUGAAGAUAACCGGCCCUCUGUCGCUGAGUUCCACAAGAGAUUCGAUGAACUGACCAGAUUCAUCAUAUGGACAUUCAUGGACGAGUACGACUACCGCCGGUCGGAACAAGGCUCCGUCAAAGGUAUGCAAGCAGAGUCUCAUGAACCAGUCUUCGACGAGCAAGCUCAGCACUCAACCAUUUUGGUCAGCGUCAGGGCGCUAAGAGGCCUGAACGAUGAGAAACUAACACUGGCUGAAAGAUGCAUGGACUGGCUUGAUCUUGCUGCUACUAUCAUGCACGAGCUCAUGCACGCUGUAUGGGCCCGGAGAGCCUAUCUCGAGGGUCAAGUCUAUAACGACGACAACGGGAGUCAUGAGCCGUAUUUCGAGGGCGACUACCAUAGAGAGCUCGGCAUCUCGUUCAUCCAGUGGGUCUUUGGCGGGAAUCUGAGGGCACUGGAAAUCGAUGACUUUCGAUGGACGGGUGAAUGGUUUGCCGACGCUCCUCUCGGGAUCAUUUUAUAUGAGUUUCCAAAUCCUGCCGACGCCACGACAUACCAAGGGUUACAGGAUCGGGACAUAACCAUCAUCCCCGGUCACAACUAUUAUGUCGACGAGGUCCCUCUGUAUAGGUAUCAUGUCCCUGUGUAUUGGGUUUCCGCUCUGUUCAACGAGGCUUUUUGGACGACAAUAGUGCCACGUAGCGGGAGCCAGGCGUUCAAAUGCCCGAAAUUGUUGUGUUCAGCUGAGACGGUGAUAGGCUCCAUAUUGUCAAUGGAUCCGCAACGAAAACGCUUCUCGUUACGGCGUUAUGGAGAAAACGUGCCGGUUGCUGAGCUGAAGAGCGGCCUGGAGCGAAUCUGUGAUGACGUCUUGAGAAAUGAGCUGGAGUGGGAGCGACAGCGGCCAUGGUACGCAAAAGAAAUGGAGAUAUGGCAGAAGUCCCCUUGGGGGUGGAACUACGGCCGCAAACUUAUUGAUACGUUUCGUUAUUAUCAUAUCAGACGUGAAGCCGCAAAUUGCCAUUAUACUGCUGUCGAUCUGUUGGUUAUUGCGAGAGACCUGAUUUUGACGGAUGCUGAUCGAUAUGGUACCAUAUGGAUAUUUGAGGUCAUUGCGUGGCUGAUGUUGGGUUGUAUGCCAUUUUUCACAGAAAAGAAGGUUUAUGCGGAUCGUAGCCACCACAGAAAUAUGCGCGCAACGCAGGAUGGUGUAAACAGGAUGCCCCGAUGGCCCACUAUGCCAUUAUCUUACACGUGGUGGACUACUCCCCGGGAUGCUCUCGGACAGAUUAGAGGACUUGAUGGCCGUGAGGUCACACAUCCAAACCAAUACCUGGAAAUAGCUUCCCAGAGGUUUACAGAGUUGUGCGGACAUCCUACAGAGCGCAGAUGGUACAAUGCAUUUAACCAUGCGUUACAGCCCUUGCUUGCCGAACGUCCCGGCCAGCCCGUGGAUAGCUGGGGAACUUUCAGGUUUACAGAACCGAACUACGCCCCACCUCCCGAAUGGGUCGCUUUUGACCAGAAUCAGCAGUACAAACAGGUGGCAUAUACCGGGGAUGUGGCGGUCGAUGGUUUCAUGCCAAGUCCGAUAUUUGACGCCGCCGCCAAGCUCCAGCUCACUGCCUCCAAGCGUGCGGGCCGCCGACGGCGUCCGGCUCCGUUGAAGCAUGCGCCUACGCGGUAUUUUACCAUUGCAGAAGUUGCGGACAGGAGGUGGGUUGUAGAACCAGACGAAAUCGUGGGAUGGGAUGUAUAUGACAUCAGUCGACUACUGUUAGCUGUUGAUGCUGAUUUUCAUGAUUUAACUACCUGCACUGAACAAGGCUUUCAACUACUUUCCAGUACGGCAGAUGUUGGCGGGAAAGCGACUUCCAUACGAAACUCAUUGGCGGACUUGACUGCCAAGGGCAAGCUAUUGCAGCGGAUGCAGCUGGCUGAGGUUGCAGAAUGUGAUGGUACCGGGAAAAUGCCCGUAUGGGUCACUUACAUGGAUUCCAUCUUCGAUAUCACUGCAUUCCCAUUCGCCAACACCACACAGAGGGUUAUCAUGUGUAAGAACCCCGGCGGCCCCCUGGAGUUCGACAAGGAACAUAGCAGCGAGACCAAAGCACAUCUUAUUGGCAGGCUGAUGCCCUACCGAUGCGGUCUUCUUAGGUCCGAGCACAGACAUGUGAGCGAAUUCUACGACCUUCAAACUUACACACCAACUUCGUUACGAUAUCAUGAUAACCCCAGCCUCGGAUGUUAUACGGCCAUCGGUUGUUUCGUCUACAACCUUACCGAGUACUGUGACUCACAUCCAGGCGGGUCUAAUAUCUUGCGGGAUGUGGCUGGGCGUGAUGCUACUUCGGUAUUUUUGAGAAACACAGAUUGCCACAGUUUGGAAAUGCUGGAUGACCAGAGCUAUGCACAUCUCAGAGUCGGACGCAUGAUUGACGAAGUCAAGUCCGGCGAUGUACAAGAUCGGGAGAUCUCUCUCCAUAACUAUGUUUUUGAUAUCUCAGACCUGGACAAUAAGGACCCAGCCCUUCAUAAUCUGUUGGCGCCUCUUGUCGGUACAGAUGCGACUGCUUUUCUCACGUCCCACAAGAAGGAUGACGAGCAGAUUGCGAGAGGCUUAGUUUCACUAUAUACCAACUAUCGGCAACUCGUCGUUGCUGAGAUCAACCCUACAAUACACCCUCGGAGUAUCUCAAGGGAGGAGCUGGCCCAGCAUGACGGCCGCAAUAAUACAAGAACAUGGGUCGCUGUAGAUGACGACGUAUACGAUGUUACGCUACUUCUAAGACAUCCACAUUUCUACGGAAAUAAGCAGGGUCUAACGAAACGCCAUGCUGGCAGAGAAGUCACUACUCAACCAAUCAAGCAAUGGCUGGCUACCGAGCAGGGCCAUCGCAUCGUGGGGGUGCUUGAUGACAAGACAACCAUUGGAAAACAUGGAGCUACAAAUGCGGAGGGAUCGGAACAUAAGAAAAGAAGGUUAGAUGCGGCAGGGGUCAGGCGCCCCGUAUCCUGA